GCGACACCGCCAGCGGUAUCCUCGUAACACCGACGCUCGACGAUGAUGCGCUCCUUCCUCCAGCGCGGCCGCGCGCAGAUCCGCACGUUCCAGUCGGGCCCGCUGCCGUCCUGGGCGACCGUGGACCCCUGGGCCAUGUCCGGCGCCAGCCCGCAGCAGGGCAUGAACCUCGUCGACGGCGAGUGGAGUGCCGCCGCGGCGACGAAGCCCGUGCCGGACCCGCUCAACGGCGAGGCGAUGCUCUUCGUGCCGGACACGCGGCCGUCCGAGCUCGCGCCCUUCGUCGCGUCCAUGAAGGCCGUGCCCAAGAGCGGGCUCCACAACCCGAUCAACAACCCCGGCGCCUACUUCGAGAUGGGCGAGGUCAACGGCCGCGCGUCCGUCGAGCUCCGUAAGCCGGAGGUGCACAACUUCUUCGCGGAGCUGCUGCAGCGCGUCGUGCCCAAGCACGACGUCCAGGCCAUGGGCGAGGUCACGGUCGUCCGCAAGUGGCUCGACGGCUACGCGGGCGACGGCGUCCGGCGCCUGGCCAACAGCGCGGCGCUCCCGGGCGACCACGCGGGCCAGGAGACGCGGUCCUACCGCUGGCCCUACGGCCCGACGUCCGUCAUCACGCCCUUCAACUUCCCCCUCGAGAUCCCCGCGCUCCAGUCGCUGUCGUCGGUCUGGAUGGGCAACAAGUGCACGGUCAAGGUCGACGAGAAGGUCCAGAUCGUCUACGAGCAGUUCGCGCGGCUCAUGAUCCACUGCGGCCUCGACCCCAAGUGCCUCGACCUCAUCUACUGCGACGGCCCGACGUUCAACGAGCUGCUCCUCGCCGGCGACUCGAAGAUGACCCUGUUCACGGGGUCCCAGGCCGUCGCGGAGAAGCUCACCAUCGACCUCCGCGGCCGCGUCAAGCUCGAGGACGCGGGCUUCGACUGGAAGAUCAUGGGGCCGGACGUCCAGGACGAGGACUUUGUGGUCUGGCAGGCGGACCAGGACGCCUACGCCUUCAGCGGCCAGAAGUGCUCCGCGCAGUCCAUCUGCUUCAUGCACGAGAACUGGGUCGCGGCGGGCCUCGUGGGCAAGCUCGAGCGGCAGGCCGCGCGCCGGUCGCUCGCGGACUACAGCUCGGGCCCCGUGCUCUCGUGGACGACGGACCAGAUGCUCGCGCACGUCGAGCGCACGGCGGCCCUGCCGGGCGCCAAGGUCGCCUUCGGCGGGUCCAAGCUCCCGGGCAGCGAGGCCUUCCCGGCGUGCUACGGCGGCCUCGUGCCGACGGCCGUCGAGGUGCCCCUCGACACCAUGCUCGCGUCCCAGGAGAACUUCGACGCCGUGACGACGGAGCUGUUCGGGCCCUUCCAGAUCUUGGUGCCCUACAAGGACGACGAGAUCGACAAGGUCCUCGAGGCCUGCGAGCGCAUGACGAGCCACCUCACGGCCGCCGUCGUCUCCAACGACACGCGCUUCUGCAACAAGGUCCUCGGCGCGACGGUCAACGGCACCACGUACAGCGGCGUCCGCGCGCGGACGACGGGCGCGCCCCAGAACCACUGGUUCGGCCCCGCGGGCGACCCCCGCUCCGCGGGCAUCCACACGCCCGAGGCCAUCCGCCUCUGCUGGUCCUCCCACCGCGAGAUCAUCCACGACGUCGGGCCCGUCGCCGACGAGUGGACCAUGCCCUCGCCGACCUAGGCGGGGGGGGCGCAGGGGUGCGGCCGGGGCUCCUAGAAGUUCGUCUCAUUCGU